CCAUAAGCUGGUUUGCCAACCGCCAAUAAGCAACAGAAGAAGAAGUGUCGCGAAUCGUCAACAACAUGGUUCAGGUCAACACAACGCAUAUAACGGUUAUUCUUCAGUAAAAUUCGGCCUGAUUUAGUUGCAGGAGCGGUAAGCCACAACAGCUUUGCAGAACUGCCUCUUGUGGACUUGUGGAGAACAGUAGCUGAUUUUUUUCUGACCAGACAGGAUGUCUAUCAUGGACCAUAGCCCCACCACUGGGGUUGUGACAAUCAUUGUAAUACUCAUUGCUGUUGCCGCACUAGGGGCAUUAAUUUUUGGUUGUUGGUGUUACUUGCGACUGCAGCGUAUCGGCCAGUCUGAAGAUGAAGAAAGCAUAGUCGGUGAAGGGGAAACCAAGGAGCCCUUCUUACUGGUACAGUAUUCAGCCAAGGGCCCGCGGGUGGAGCACAAGACCAAGCUGACCCCUAAUGGCACCGAGAGCCACACCUAAUCUCUCUUCGCGAUGCAAACUGUGUUGGACCAUGUUCAGGCUCUUUGAAGUCUAACAAUUUCAACACCUCGCAUUGAUGUUACAAUCAAUUUGAAAUGGUGCAAGGACUUCACUGUUUAAACGUGAAAAAAUUACAACAAAACUAGUGCAUGCAGUUGUCUAGUUACUUUGUUGAUUUGUGUAAUGAGCAUUUACACCCCCCCUUUUUGUGGUGGUCCAGUGUAGCAUCCUAUUGUAAUGUGAAAUUGACAAUUGUCUGCGUUUGGUGUUAUAUGCAAUGCUGUUUAUUUGUAAGCUAUUGCUGAGUUCUAAAGCUUAACCAAGAAAGAUGGUUUUAUUUUGUGGUAUUUAACCACAACCGCUUACAUCCAGAGCAGGCUCUGGUAUUAAGAUCAAUUCACAUGAUGUUCAAAGCUUUAGAUCAUUUUAAAGCUUUUCAAGAGCUUAACAUAGUUUUUUUUUUUUUUUUUUUGUAGAAGCUCUUAAAGAAACCAUUAAUGAGCGAUUCUCAUGAAACCUGUCAAGAAAUGUCCUGGUAAUAUGUAAACCCAAAUCAAUACAAAAAUCAAUGCAUUUUUAGGACCAUUUAAAUAUGUUGCAUUGUGAUGUUAUUUUCAGGACAUUACAGAACAUUUUACUCCCUAAAUUCUCAUUAUAACGUAAUGUGUCCAAACAUAUUAUUUAUAAUAUUGCCAUUAUUUUCAAUGAUGAUUCUUAUUACUGUAACAAGGUUUUUUGUUGUUGUUUUUUUUUUACUGUAAUACAGAAAAACAAUUACAGUGAAAAUGACAGGCAGUACCAAGAGUACUACUAUGACGUAUAAAUACUUUACAAUUUAAAUUAUUACAUUUUUUAUAUUGCAGUAAAGAGAAUAUCACAAUUUCGCAUUGCAGAAUUGGAGUUAAAUGUGAUUAACUGUCAUAAAAAUAGUCACAAUGUAAAACAAUUUUAUGGUCCUAAAAAUACACUUAAUUUUGUUAAUGCAAAGUAUAAUUUCUUUUUUGUUUCUUUUGAUUUUUAAGUCAAAUAUGACCAGGAUAUUGUUUUGAUGGGGUUUGUGAGAAUCACCCAAAUUGGCAAAUUGUGUGAAGGUUAAUCGGCUUAACAGUAUUGUUAGAUUACAUGCAAUCAUAGUUUAUGAUCAUGCUAUCUUUUGCACUUUUUAACUUUCAAUUGAUGUGUAACUGAUUUCAUAACAGCACUUACUGUUUUCAGUUUAAACCUGCUAGGAAGCCACAGUAAGAAUGAAAGCCAAUGAUCGGGCCCUACUUAUUCUAGUUUUAUGCUGUUGUGGAUCCAGAGGCAUUCAUUUUUGUGGCCUAGCACAUUUCUACAUUGUAAGGUUGGUGUCAUUUGAAGGUGUAGAUGUUAUUUUUUUAGAUGGCUUGUUGUGCAGCUGGAUACUGAAAAAGUCAUUGUCUUAUUGUCUGUAUUAUUUUCUUUCCUUUGAGUCCAGAUGUUUUUGAGAUGUAGCGGUGUUUGCUGUUUGUACAUGUGAGAAGAAAUUAAGAGAAAUUUAUUUUUAUACAAUAUCCAUGCAAAUGUUGUCUAAACAAUCCAUUACGUGAAAUCAACAGGUCUUUAAGGGAGGCAGCCAAAUCAAAGCCUGAAAAUGCAGCUGAAAUUAUUUAAUUGACGUUACUAAUACUGUAUCAGAUAUGUAGGGUGCUGUCAGACAUUCCACAGUGACUGAUUUUUGUGAAUUUGACUUAUGUGCUUUCCAAUUUACAUUAAAACAAUCCACAUGAAGGACAGUACAUGCCUGUUAUUUUAACCUGCAUAUUUGAGAAUAAAAAAGCACUCAGUGUAUUGCUUAUGUCAUUCAA